AUGGAUGAUAGAUUCAUAUCCAAACUGUCACCUACAGUUGAUUUUUGGGCAGGGAUAUACCUUGUGAUAAUUGCCAUUCUGUCCAUUUUGGGGAAUGCGGCAGUCCUAGUGAGUGCAGCUCGUCGCUUCUCCCUGCUCAAAGCUCCUGAGCUGCUGACAGUGAACUUGGCUUUAACAGACAUCGGCAUGGCCCUCACCAUGUAUCCACUGUCCAUUGCAUCAGCUUUUAACCAUGCCUGGAUUGGAGGUGACACAACUUGCCUCUACUAUGGUCUGAUGGGCAUGAUCUUCAGUAUAACCAGCAUCGUGACUCUGGCGGUGAUGGGGAUGGUCAGGUACCUGGUAACGGGAAGUCCACCCAAGACAGGUAUCAAGUUCCAGAGGAGAACCAUCAGUAUUGCGAUCAGUGGGAUCUGGCUGUAUGCUAUUUUGUGGGCCUUAUUUCCUCUGCUGGGCUGGGGCAGCUACGGGCCAGAGCCGUUUGGACUUGCCUGCUCGAUAGACUGGACCGGCUAUGGGGAGUCCCUAAACCACUCCACAUUCAUCAUGACUCUGUCUGUACUGUGCACAUUCCUCCCCUGUCUGGUCGUCCUCUUCACCUAUUUUGGUAUUGCCUGGAAGCUGCACAGGGCCUACCAAUCCAUCCAGAGCAAUGAUUUUCAAUAUGGCAGUGUUGAGAAGAGGAUCACUCUUGAUUAUUAUAUCGCCACCACACUGCUGCCUGGACCACCUUAG